AUGACAGAUGAUAUCUGUUCUGAUUAUAAAAUUCAUAUUUCUUUCUGUAUGAUGAAAUCUGUUUAUCCAACUGUUAAAGUAAUUGGAUUAUUACCAGUAACUUGCUCUUGUAGUGUUAUAUUAUUAUUAGAUAACUUAUAG